AUGACUAUCACCAAGGAAAGAGUGACCUGGUGUGCUAGUCUAGACUUAGACCGUCCCGAAUUUUCGACUAGCACAGAGCCAUCUCUGCAGAAACCCGUCACCUUUAAGCCCAUCAACCCAGUCAGGCUUGGAGGCCCCACCGCUACCACUCGUGAAACGCCCGGCGGCCCUGCUCCUGACACUCUGACCCCCAGGGGAUUGCACCGGUCCCGUCGAUCUGUUCCAAGCUUUCUUCCCAGCCUCCAAACCCAGGUGAAGCGUCAUUCCGAUCCUAGUGAAGGCCUUCUUUCAGAGUCCAAUGUCGCGGAGCGACCAUACCAAGAUCUCCCUUCCGCGCUCCGCCCUGAUGUAAACAGCAUCAUGCCAUCGAGCGUGGCAUACUCCGAAAUACGAACGCUGCCCAGCGGGAAGAUGGACGAGGGCCGACCGAGAAAUGAUGAUAUCUUCUUAAACAUUGCAAAGACUGAUUUGGAUCGCCGGGAGUCAUUGGGUCGGGCAGACUUUAAAAGGUCGCGACUUAGCUAUUCAAAUGGAAGUUUACGGUCGCCAGCCACUCGCGAGGUGUCCGAGUCAACCCCUUCCCCAGACCAUCGCCCGAAUAAUGUGGAAAGCCCCUUGCUUUCCCAAAAUGGCUCCUCUACGCUCCCAUACAGUUAUUCGCCAGCCGCCUCGGCUCAUCCGUUGGAUGAAUCGUCUCGUUUCCGCUAUUCAGGCUUGAACUCCGGUGCGCGAUCUACAAUUGGCGCUCCUAGGAGCAGACUCAGUCGCGCCAGUCCAGAGACAUCUCCCCGGUCACCUGCCAUAAGCGGCGAAUAUAGAGAGCGCCGAGCAUCUCUACACGAAUCACGCCUACAUCGCAGCUCUGGAUUAUCUACGGUCAGGGGUAGCCGGCAGCCAUCCACCUCAGAAGACACAGAACGCGCUCGCGGCGAUACGGAAAAGCCACGGGCAGACGGAACUGAGUCCACUCUAUCAACCACAGCGCCAUCUACAGUCUGGGACGAAUUAGACGACCUGAAAUCGCGCAUUCGAAAACUUGAAUUAACUGGAAAAUUACCCCCAUCAUCUCAAGCCGCAAUCUCGGGCGUAGCCAACGAAAGACCUCGUACUGCAGCUACUACCAUCACAGCCAUGUCUACUUCACCCAGACACCACCGCAAAGCCAGCAGCCCAUCUGCAGAGACCGAGAAUACUGUACAGAGCCAGGUGCAUCCUCUUCUGCAGUCGGCAUUGGCUAAGGCCAAGGCUGUAAUGAGUAGUGACGUGUACAGCGCCCUAGAGGUGACGAUCACGGAUGCUUUGGCUCUUUCUACCAUGUUGGGCGUCAAUACAGCUCCGUCAGGCUCCGUCUCCGUCGUGAAUGGAGGGUACACUUCGCCUGAGCGGUAUGCGCGCCGCAAGGCCGAUAGUGUGUGUCGCAGCCUGACUGAACUUUGCCUGGCUUUGACAGAUGAAGAGCUCAAGAAAAGCCGGUCAACCUCUAGCGACGGCCCGGCACCCCAGUCGCAGCGGGCGACCAAUGGCAAGAGCGAGACAGAAUUGCUGAUGCCAACACCUUCAUACCAACGAGCUACCAGUCAGGAACCUGAAAUUCUUGCGCUGCGCCAAAGCACUGGCCGUAUUCCGAGUCGCCUGGACGCUCGUGGAGCAUCUGUGGCCCAUCCGAGUCCCGGGUCUACCAUUGAAUCUAAACCAGCCCAGUCACCCGACUUAUCCACCCCGCCAAGCCGUCUUCACCGCAUCUCGACUUCUCUGCGCAAUCGCAGAAUGCCAGCUGAAGAGGAUGGCGCGCAGACCGCAAAUCCGAAUAGCCGCUCAUUCUCGCGCGCUAUGACCGAGAUCGGUACACCAAGUCCUGCUCAAAAUCCAUCUCCGCGACAUCGGUUGUCUUUUGGCCAAUCAACAGCUCGCUCUAUCUCUGGAGUUCAGCAAGACCAGGGCUUGGGACUCAGCCCUCGUUCUCCCCAAUACACCCCAUCCACCCCUACUCAGCCGCCUGCGUCGCAAGCGCAAUCUCUAUCACGAACACCCUCAAAUUUAUCCCAGAGUGGGAUUCCAUUCCGUCGAAGCUAUAUGACACCUGGUGUUUACUCUCCCGCCACUUCACGCUCUAAUAUUCAAGCUGGAUCCCGCCGAUAUGGUCUUUCGCCAAAUUUAUCUAACAACACACCGGGCUCUGGACCAGAGGAACCCCCCGCGGUCUUCCCAGCUAGAGCCUUCUCAAACUCGUAUCAGUGUUCCAUCGAGCAAGAGUGUCACUAG